AUGAAAUUUAUCAAAGUUUUGCCGCUGGGGAGGUCGGUCGCACGGUGCAGUAAUUUUGAAAUUACUGCUUGGUGUUCACCACUUCUGGAGUCGUAUCUUGAAAGUGUCUUAGAUUAUGUGGAUAGCAAUCUUCCACUGCCAAAUCGAGAGACUGGGGACAAUGAUGAAGUCGUUCUUGACGAUAAAAGUUUUGAAGAAUGUGGUCUCGUUUACACUAUAGGAGAUGUUACGAAGCCAAAAUUGAAAUCUGAUGACAACUCGGACCACGCAGUUAUUGCUCAUGUUGUUGACGACAGCGGAAAGUUUGGCCACGGUGGAGUCUUUGACGCUUUGCGUGCCAAGAGUGGUGAUGUCCCAAGUGUUUAUGAAAUGGCAGGGCGUAUGGAUAAUUUGCAUGUUGGUUAUGCAUUGCUAGUUGAAGAUGUUGGCAAAUUUGAAUUAGGGCACAAUGGCAGCAGCAGCUCUGAAGCUUCGUAUCAAAAAACAGUUGUGCCUGUUCGUGAUGAUGGUCCUUGUACCUCUAAGACUUCCAUUGAAGGAAGAGAAUCUGUUGUCUUGCUUGUUGCACAAAGUGAACGACAUCGAGAUCGAAUUUCGCAAGAAGCAUUGGGCGAGUGUUUUUCCCGUCUUGCAGCAUAUGCGGAACAAAAGGGAAAAACCAGUGUUCAUUUACCUCGUAUAGGUUAUGGUGUGCGUAACAUUCAGUGGUACGUAAUUGAAAGAUUAAUUAGAAAACACCUUACGGCGAAGGGAAUCCCUACAUACGUCUAUUACUUUCAAAGAAGGUCGACUUUGCAAAGUGACGGCUCAACGAUGAAGAGGAAGGAACCUCAUUCGUCUCACUCUGUUUUGAGUUAUAAUAGGCGAUCGAAAACUGUGACUAUGACCUCGAAAGACCAGAAUGACGAUGGUACUGAUGAAAGUGAGAAGUCGUUUACAGACGGAGAGACUACUGAAGUGGAAAGUGAGGAAGUCGUAUAUAUGGAUUCUUCAUCAGAUGAAGGCGUUUCAAAACGCAAACGUUUAACAGAUUAUGCUCGAGAAGAUAUCAGGUUUUCGUUCCAAGAUGUGGUUUUUUCUUUACAUAUGUUGAAUUCCGCUCAACGUUCACGAUACGAAGAUAUUAUCCAAAAUUAUGGAGGCAUUUUAAACGAUGAAACUAAUGAUUUUUCAAAGGUGAAAUACGUCUUGGUGGAUUCUCAAAUAUCCCAAGAAGAACUUAUACAGCUGCGGGAUACACUGCCAGAAUCCUGUUAUAUUGUAAAAAAGAAUUUUGUUGAUGAAUGUUUAGAUGUUGGAGGAUUGGUAGAUUACAGGGAUUUCAUGUUGUAA